AUGAAGCCAGGCUGUGCGGCAUGAUCUCCAGGGAAUGAAUGGAUUUUCUUCAGCACCGAUGAAAGAAACAUACGCUAUAGGAAAACAAUGUCCAGCGGGGGACUGCAAAGAUCUGUCAUCCUGUCAGCAUUUAUUCUCCUUCGAGCUGUUACUGGAUUCUCUGGAGACGGAAGAGCUAUAUGGUCUAAAAAUCCUAAUUUUAGUCCGGUAAAUGAAAGCCAGCUGUUUCUCUAUGACACUUUUCCUACAAACUUUUUCUGGGGCGUUGGGACUGGAGCAUUUCAAGUGGAAGGGAAUUGGAAGACAGACGGAAAAGGACCCUCUAUAUGGGAUCAUUUCAUCCAUACACACCUUAAAAAUGUCAACGGCACAAAUAGUUCCAGUGACAGUUACAUUUUUCUGGAAAAAGACUUAUCAGCCCUGGAUUUUUUAGGCGUUUCUUUUUAUCAAUUUUCAAUUUCCUGGCCAAGGCUUUUCCCCGAUGGAACAGUAUCAGCUGCUAACGCAAAAGGUCUCCAGUACUAUAAUACUCUUCUCAACGCUCUGGUACUUAGAAACGUUGAACCUAUAGUUACUUUAUACCAUUGGGAUUUGCCUUUGGCGCUGCAAGAAAAAUAUGGGGGGUGGAAAAACGAAACCAUAAUAGGUAUCUUCAAUGACUAUGCCACAUACUGCUUCCAGACGUUUGGGGACCGAGUCAAAUAUUGGAUUACAAUUCACAACCCAUAUCUAGUCGCUUGGCAUGGGUAUGGGACAGGUAUCCAUGCACCUGGAGAGAAGGGAAAUUUAGCAGCUGUCUACACCGUGGGACACAACCUGAUCAAGGCUCAUUCGAAAGUUUGGCAUAACUACAAUAGAAAUUUCCGCCCACAUCAGAAGGGUCGGUUAUCAAUCACGUUGGGAUCCCAUUGGAUUGAACCAAACAGAUCAGAAAACACAAUGGAUAUACUCAAGUGCCAACAAUCCGUGGUUUCUGUGCUCGGCUGGUUUGCCAACCCUAUCCACGGGGAUGGUAACUAUCCAGAGGUGAUGAAAAAGAAGUUGUUCUCCAUUCUACCCCUUUUCUCUGAAGCGGAGAAGAAUGAGGUGAGGGGCACAGCUGACUUCUUUGCCUUUUCCUUUGGACCCAACAAUUUCAAGCCCUACAACACCAUGGCUAAAAUGGGACAAAAUGUGUCCCUCAAUUUAAGAGACGUGCUGAACUGGAUUAAACUGGAAUAUGGCAAUCCCCAAAUCCUGAUCACUGAGAAUGGCUGGUUCACAGACAGUCAUGUGAAAACAGAGGAUACCACAGCCAUCUACAUGAUGAAGAACUUCCUCAACCAGGUUCUCCAAGCAAUCAAGUUUGAUGAAAUACGAGUGUUUGGUUACACUGCCUGGUCCCUCCUGGAUGGCUUUGAAUGGCAGGAUGCUUACACCACUCGCCGAGGAUUAUUUUAUGUGGAUUUUAAUAGUAAACAAAAAGAAAGAAAGCCCAAGUCUUCAGCACGUUACUAUAAACAGAUCAUACAAGAAAAUGGUUUCACUUUGAAAGAGUCCACACCAGAUAUGCAGGGUCAGUUUCCCUGUGAUUUCUCCUGGGGCGUCACUGAAUCUGUCCUUAAGCCAGAGUCAGUGGCUUCCUCCCCACAGUUCAGCGAUCCUCACCUGUAUGUGUGGAAUGUGACGGGCAACAGACUGUUGCAUCGAGUGGAAGGAGUGAGGCUGAAAACACGCCCAGCUCAAUGCACGGAUUUUGUCAGUGUCAAAAGACAGCUUGAGAUGUUGGCAAGAAUGAAAGUCACCCACUACAGGUUUGCUCUGGACUGGCCCUCAAUCCUUCCCACUGGCAACCUGUCCACGGUUAACCGACAGGCUCUGAGGUACUACAGGUGUGUGGUCAGUGAGGGACUGAAGCUCAACAUCUCCUCAAUGGUCACGUUGUACUAUCCAACCCACGCCCACUUAGGCCUCCCCGCGCCUCUGCUGCACAGCGGAGGGUGGCUGAACCGGUCAACGACCAAGGCCUUCCAGGACUAUGCCAACCUGUGCUUCCAGGAGCUGGGGGACCUCGUGAAGCUCUGGAUCACCAUCAACGAGCCUAACCGGCUGAGUGACAUCUACGACCGCUCUAGUAACGACACCUACUGGGCAGCCCACCACCUGAUGAUCGCCCACGCCCUGGCCUGGCACCUCUACGACCAGCAGUACAGGCCUGCGCAGCGCGGGGUUGUGUCGCUGUCUCUGCACUCGGACUGGGCCGAACCCGCCAAUCCCUAUGCGGACUCGCACUGGAAGGCGGCCGAGCGCUUCCUCCAGUUCGAAAUCGCCUGGUUCGCAGAACCCCUCUUCAAGACCGGGGACUACCCGUUGGCCAUGAGGGAGUACAUCACCUCCAAGAAUAGGCAAGGGCUCACGCGCUCCGCACUGCCUCAGUUCACCGAGGAGGAAAGGAGGCUGGUCAAGGGCACUGCAGACUUCUAUGCCCUGAACCACUUCACCACCAGGUUCGUGAUGCACGAGCGGCAGAACGGCAGCAACUACGACGCGGACAGGGACAUCCGGUUUCUGCACGACAUCACCUGCCUGAGCUCCCCCACCCGCCUGGCCGUGAUACCCUGGGGAGAGCGCAAGGUGCUGAAGUGGAUCCGGGGGAACUAUGGAGACGUGGAUGUUUACAUCACGGCCAGUGGCAUCGACGACCAGUCUCUGGAAAAUGAUGAACUCCGAAAAUACUACUUAGAGAAAUACAUUCAGGAGGCUUUGAAAGCAUACGUAAUUGAUAAAAUCAAAAUCAAAGGCUAUUAUGUAUUCAAACUGACUGAAGAAAAAUCUAGACCCAGAUUUGGAUUCUUCACAUCUGAUUUCAAAGCUAAAUCCUCAAUCCAGUUUUACAACGAACUGAUGAGCAACAAUGGCUUCCUUUCUGAGAACAGUAGUCCUAGAUGCAGUCAGACUGAAAAAAACACAGAGUGUAUUGUCUGCUUACUUCUUGUGCAGAAGAAACCGCUGAUAUUCUUUGGAUGUUGUUUCUUCUCCACCCUGGUUCUACUUUUAUCAAUUACCAUUUUUCAUAAGAGAAAGAGAAGAAAAUUUUGGAAAGCAAAGAACUUACAACACAUAACAUUAAAGAAAGGCCAUGAGAGUUCUUAGCUAAGCUGAUCCUACAGUAUUUCUGUCUGCAUGAUGGAAAAGUUUUUAAAAUUCACUCCAGUUCCAUAUACUGGUAACUUACAGAAAAUACACCUAUAUUUUAGAAAAACGACAGUUUUGAGAUAUUAGUGAUAGCCAAGGUAAUGACAAUAGAUGUCUCCGUUGUGUGGUUCAAAUUUUCCCAUAUGUGUUAACAUCAGUGAAUUCAGUUCUUGGAUCUAAGGUAAAAGCUUCUCUAGACGGUAAGGUAUGAUUAUCUGAUACUUUGUUUCAUGGAGUUUGAUGAGCUGUAUCCUAUCAUUAUUCUAGAUUUUUCCUACGAAUACCAAUAGCUACUUAUGAUAAAAGAAACUGUUUUGAAAAAAGUGCAACUUUGUUAAGACUCCAUAGCAGAGAUUUAACACGGGAUAGUCAGUGAUAAAUUCUGUCACUUCUAACAAGGUGCUUUCCCCUUUGGUCAGGGUGUUUCUCAAAUGGAAAGAAAAAAUAGGGUAAGUAGUGCUUGUCUAUAGCUAGUUACAGUAUAGACUGUAGCACAUCAAUCCCUUAGUUUUUCUCAAUAAAAAUUAAAAUUAUUAAGCACUCACAAAACAUCUAAUUUUGUGAGGUCUUUUCCCACAUGAUUUUUUAAAAAUAACAUUUAAUUUCCAAAACUCAUCUCAUGUUAAAGAUCAGAUGACUAAGAUUAAAGAGAGCUAGACCCAACUGCCUGUGAUGACAGGGAAGUCACUCGACCUCACCGUACACGUACAGCAACUUCUUUAGACAAGUUGACCUUAUUCCUCACUUGAAUUUUCUGAGGUGACAAGAUGUAGCACACUUAGGAAAAUUAAAACAUUCUAAAAAGACGAAAAGUUUUUAAUUAUCAAGUUACCAAAGGACCAUUUAUCCCAUAAGACUUGCUCUCUCCCCUGAAGUGCUUCACUGUUCUGACACAUGCACACAGAGAUCUCUCAAGGUGUAGACUGCAGCCAUACCUGGACCUCUCAACUGUGUCUCUCUGGACACAAUUCAGAACGUUGGUGGUCUGCAUGAGUUGAAACUAUUCUUACAUUGCAACUUUUGAAACUAGGAUUAAGUAAAUUCUUAAACCUGAAUUUGCAGUUUGACUUUCUUGAACUCUAUGCUUAAUAUUCAUUCACUGUAUUCUCAAUGUUGGAAGAAAACCUGAAUCUAAACCCAUUUAUACACAUUCUUUCUUUAGGUGAGUCAGUAUUUAAAUAACUAACCAUUGUCUACUCUCCUGGAAUUUUGACUUUAAGAGUCAAAGGAGGGACCUCCCUGGUGGUGCAGGGGUGAAGAAUCCACCUGCCAAUGCAGGGGACACAGGCUCAAGCCCUGGUCCGGGAAGAUCCCACAUGCUGCAGAGCAACUAAGCCCGUAUGCCACAACUACUGACCCUGCCUUCUAAAGCCCGCACGCCUAGAGCCCGUGUUCUGCAACAAGAGAAGCCACUGCAAUAAGCCCGAGCACCACAACGAAGAGUAGCCCCCACUCACCGCAACUAGACAAAGCCCGCGCGCAACUAAGACCCAACGCAGCCAAAGAAUUAAUUUUUAAAAAAUGAGCAAACACUCAUUAAAAAAAAAAGACCAAGGGCUUCCCUGGUGGCGCAGUGGUUGAGAGCCCGCCUGCCGAUACAGGGGAUACGGGUUCGUGCCCCGGUCCGGGAAGAUCCCACAUGCCGCGGAGCGGCUGGGCCCGUGAGCCAUGGCCGCUGAGCCUGCGCGUCCGGAGCCUGUGCUCCGCAACAGGAGAGGCCACAACAGUGAGAGGCCCACGUACUGCAAAAAAAAAAAAAAAAAAGACCAAAAUAAGUAAAUAUAAAUAAAUAAAAAAGUCAAAGGAAAGCUCUUAUUUCCUACAUAACUGAGAUACUAAUUGAUAAUAGAAUUAAUUUUCAAAGAUACAGAUAACACAACUGGUCAAUUCAAACAAAUGCAAGUGAUGAGACAUCAAUUUGCUAUCUGGCUGGCCAAAUUCAAAUAGUAAAAUUUGGCAGAUGUGUUCUUCUAUUCUCCUUGUUCCAACUGCACCCCUCCUUCAAACUUAGAUUUUAGGUUAUGCUUUCCAAGGAAAUUUUUGUAUUUUUUUUUUUGAGAACCACUUAGUUAUUGGGCUUGAGGCUAUACACAAUUACAAUAACUAGUCAAUUAUUUUAAUUUUACGGAUUAUCAGUUGAGCAACUCAUCAACUCUUUAACCUCUAAUGUCCAAGGUUUUGAAAAGAAAUGCAUAUUCAGUCACAGGAAUAACAAAGCUUUAGAAUUAAGAUUUUGCUUUUAUGGUCUCUACUUUUUUGACUAAAGUAUCUUGUAUUCAUUGUUUGUUAACUCCACUAAACAGCAUUAUUUAAUGUCUUUAAAUUUAGUGCUUAAGACUUAUGACCCCUUUUUAAAAUUUGUUGCCUUGCCAUAAAUUCUUGCAAAUAGUAAAGUCCCUAACCCAAUGCUUACCUUCUUCCCUUUUUUUUGCCACUUGGGAACUACUUUUUUUCUUUUUAAACUUAUUUUUUGGCCACACCAUAUGGGAAUCUUAGUUCCCCAACCAGGGAUCGAACCCACAGCCCCCUGAAGUAGAAGUGCAGUCUUAGCCACUGGUUUAAGCCAUCAUCGUAGGAGAGUCCCUAGGUAAACAUUUAAAUCUGGCUCAUGAUCAAUUAUAUUUACUAUUCAGGUUUUUCUUACUCAUUUUAAAAUCAUAAAGUGCCAAUUAGGAACUGUUGAUAGCUUUUGACAAGAUCUUUAAAUUCAAGCUUUUCUGAGACUUGGAAGAAAAUCAUCCUAAAAUGUAGCUUGUGUUACUUUGUAUAUUGUUACAUUACUGUUGUAUUCAAUGUAACAAACUGUUCACUAAGUCUGAUAUAUAUGGAAAUAUCACAACUAUGGUGUUUAAAGAGCCUCUGGAAAAUGAGGUCAGUACAUUGUGACUAGGUGUUUAAUUCUCGAGGUAAUUUAUUCCAAAUAAACCGGUUUAUGCUGAUUAUUUAUAUUCAACUAACAAUCUGGUCAGUUUUAAGAACUGUGGAACGUGAACGGGUUUGGUGUUGUAACCGGGUUCUGCCCCAACACUGCCUCCCCCAUCCUCCCAAACUGUGUGCCAACUGGGUAACUUACUCCUGAGUAUGUUUUCUGAUUAUACAACGUGGACUCCUACACCUCAAAAUUGAAAAAACACACACGUGCUUACCCAUAGUAAACAGAGAAAACGUGGACGUCUUCCCUGGGGAGAACUAGACUUUCAUUUACCACAUCCAAGUUACUGAGUGGAAAUAACUCCUUAGCUACAACCAGACUGCAAUAGUUAUGCUGUGAAGGUCUCACACCACCCACUUCACUCUUGGAGAGCAUCACACUUACUCCCACAGCUGCUACUACCGCCUAUAUGCUGACACUCUUCAACAGUUACACCUCUCUAUCCCUCUGCAAUAUUGCCACUUGGAAAUUACUUCCUCAGCCCUCAAAUUCUGUCAACACCUUCCAAAACAUCUUUCUAGUCCCAUUACUAUUACUGAUUCUGCAUAACUUGAAUCUCCCUGGCAAUCUGGGAACCAUUCACUCAGCAAACAGCUAAAUGCCAGACAUUUUUCCAGGUUCUUUACUUGGAAUAUCCCAGUGUAGAAAAGACCACAUCCUCAUGAAGGUCAGACUCUAGCAGGAAAAAGAAAUACAAUCAAUACACAACAAAGUAAACUAUUAAUAUUACAUUAUAAAUACCAUGGACAAAAACAAGUGAAGCAGGGUAAGGGUAUGCUAGGAUGGGCAUGAGGAAAGAGCCCAAUUAAUAGGAUGGUCAACGUAGGCGUCACUGAAAACACUGGACUAUAGACUUGAAGAUAACCUGUCACUCCAAAGGGAAAGACAACUUGAAGGCUUUUAGGCAGUGGUAUUGAGCAGGAAGGUCAACUCAGUCAGUGUAGUCAGAAAGGUUACGAGGGAGUUUGAAAAAUGCAUUCUGGCUACUGCUGAGAACACAUGGGAGAGGGAGGAGCAAGAGUGGAUCAGUUUAAAGGGUUUUGGCUUCAUCUUCUAAUUGUGAAAAAUUUCAAAACUUUAUGCAAAUAGGAAUAGUAUAAUGAAUCCCCAUCAUUCAGCUUCAACAAAUAUCAAAGUAUUGAAACCCUAGACCUAGAACCCCAUCCAAUGCCUACCCCAAACCUCAUCUAAAAUAUUUCAGGGGCUUCCCUGGUGGCACAGUGGUUGAGAGUCCGCCUGCCGAUGCAGGGGACAUGGGCUCGUGCCCCGGUCCACGAAGAUCCCACAUGCUGCAGAGCAGCUGGGCCCGUGAGCCAUGGCUGCUGAGCCUGCGCGUCCGGAGCCUGUACUCUGCAACGGGAGAGGCCACAACAGUGAGAGGCCCGCGUACCGCAAAAAAAAAAAAAAUUAAAUAAAUAAAAUAAAAUAUUUCAAAGCAAAACUUGCAUUUACAAUUUCACCCAUUUCUUACUUAACCAUUGUUAUCAAACCAAAGAUUAUUAACUCAAUAUAAAAAUUUCAUUUAUCUAAAUGAAAAUCUUUUAAGAUCCUUAUGUUCCAAAUGGGUUUUAUUUUUUCUUGCUUAGUCCCUGAACAUACCUUACUUUGAAGGCACAGCCCACAGAUUUUCCUAACAGACUAGACACACAGGAUGUUAGAGAAAUCAAACAUGAAUGUUAAGUUUUGCCUGAGAAAUCAUAAAGUUGGAGUUUCUAUCAAGGAAGAGAUUUAGAGGCAAUCCUAUUGAGUUAAGAUAGUCUAGUAUGGUAGUGUAUCUAAAGCAUGACACAUGGAAUGAAGAGACUAUGGAAGGGUUAUAAGUUUUUUUUAGGUAUCAAGGACUAGGACAUAGGAGUAAAUGGCUGAAAUUACGCUAAAACAGAGAACCUUGGGCCACCGCAACCAUGUUUAUCAUAAUAUAAAUUAACUCCAUCUUCUAAUUCUUACUAAGACUGUAUCACUUCUCAGCUGCUUUUUCACACAAAGUUACUGUGACUCAGGCACUUACCCUCACAAAUAUUCAAAUUCGUGCCUCUGCGAAAUUACACAUACCUUCAGGACAUCUCCCAAAGUUCUUCAUCCAAUAAUGAACAACCACAGUGUCGCCUGUCACUGGUACCCAUAUUCCUCUUGCCUGAAAUCCUCUUGCUAUUCCUUCAAACCACUUCUCCCAUUA